AUUGUAUGCCAACCUCCGUUAAACCCCACUGAAGAAGAAGAAGAAGAAGAACGACGACGAGUCACUGUUGUGCUGUCAAUAUGCUCACCUUUGUGUCCGUUUCAAAUGUAUUACUACAGACCGACUCCGAUUAAGUCUGAGGCCGGUAACAUCAACAGUGAGGACAAUCCCAGCCUGCCUCUCUCCUUCCACACUGAGUCCAAACCUACAGUUACUGGGUCCUGAUUGUGACAGUGGAGCCCAAUUUGCACUGCAGGGUCCAGAGAUGGCAUCAGUGAAGCUGGAAGACUGCAGUCAAACACUGGAGCUGAAUGUCAACAUUAAAGAGGAAGAAGAAGAGGAGGAGAUUGGUACAUCUGUUUCUCAUGGGGACCUUGUUGAGACAUUCUCUACAUCCAGAGAGCAACAGCAGGGAGAUCACAGACCUAAGAGAUCUCACCACUGCCCACAUUGUGAGGAGGUUUUCCCAUUUCUAUCAGGACUAAAAAUACACCUACAAAUACACACAGGAGAUAAUCCGUAUUCCCCCUCUGACUAUGGGAAGAGAUUCACAACAUCACAUUCUCUGACAGUUCACCAGAGUGUGCACUCUGGAGAGAAGCCUUACUCCUGCUCUGACUGUGGGAAGAGUUUCUCUCGACUGAGCCAUUUAAAAAGACACCAAAGUAUACAUAAAGGAGAGAAGCCUUACUCCUGCUCUGACUGUGGGGAGAGUUUCGCUCAACUGGGGACUUUAAAAAAACACCAACGUAUUCACACAGGCGAGAAGCCUUACUUCUGUUCUGACUGUGGGAAGAAUUUCUCCCGAUUGGAUACCUUAAAAACACAUGAACGUAUACAUACAGGAGAGAAGCUUUACUCCUGCUCUCAUUGUGGCAAAUGCUUCACAACAUCAACUGAGCUAAAAGUUCAUCAGAGAACACACACAGGAGAGAAGCCUUACUCCUGUUCUGACUGUGGAGUGAGUUUCUCUCGACUGGGCCACUUAAAAACUCAUGAAAGUAUACACACAGGAGAGAAGCCUUACUACUGCUCUGACUGUGUGAAAUUCUUCACAACAUCAACUGAGCUAAAGGUUCAUCAGAGAACACACACAGGAGAGAAGCCCUACUCCUGCUCUGACUGCGGGGCGAGUUUCUCACAGCUGGGCAACUUAAAAACACAUGAACGUAUACAUACAGGAGAGAAGCCUUAUUACUGCUCUGACUGUGGAAAAUGUUUUAAAACAUCAACUGGGCUAAAAGUUCACCAGAGAACACACACAGGAGAGAAGCCUUACACCUGCUCUCACUGUGGUGUGAGUUUCUCUCGAUUGGGACACUUAAAAACACAUGAACAUAUACAUACAAGAGAGAAGCCUUAAACAUGCUCUUGACUGUGGGGCAAGUUUCUCUCGACUGGGCAACUUAAAAACCCAUAAAAGUAUACACACAGGAGAGAAGCCUUAUUACUAGAGCUGUGGCGGCCAUGACGUUGUGUCAGCCGGUGAUUGUCAUAUAAAUAAUUACCGGUCUCAUGGUAAUUGACCUAAACAUGUUUAGCAUGUCUUGGCUUCCACGCAUAGCCUACAAGCCACUGAUGUGGACCUUUUUGAAACAUCUACAUUGUAAAAAAUAUAAUGAAUCCAUAUAAUAUAAUACACCUUCACAAUAAAUCCAUAAUUUAUUUUAUACAGGUCUAAAAGAAACACGAUAUAAAGAAAAUGUAGCCUAUUUCAGAAGAACAAAAUAGCAUAUUCUGAGUUGUCCUUACAGUAUGUUAGGUCCUGAUCUGGCUUGGCCAUAUGGCUGUGGGCAACACUAGUUCAUUUAACACACAAUUGAGCAUAGCUGGAAUAAAACACAUAUUCCCCAAUGAAUUUCAGAGGAAGUGUGCACUAUUCUGUGUUAACAGGUCCUCCUAAUAUGCUUACUUUACAUUGUGUUUUAUAACUUUAGUUGGGAUCCAAACGUAUGUUUUUGAUUUUUAAGACAUUGUAAAGGCUGCAUGGUGCAACUCUAAUGAUGAUUUGAAAAAAAAGUUGGAUGAAAGGCCUGCGCUCUGCUCUGUUUCUUUUACGCAGGCUGCACACACUUCAUCAGUCUCUCAUUCACAAUUUGACAAGCACUUGAUCAUGUUCUCAACCAUCAGACUGUUCAUCGUUUAAUCUAGUCUUUACAUACAGCCUAUUAAUAAAUGUGUAGAAUUAUUUUUCAAUUAAAAAGUCAUCCGUAGCAUGCCGUCGAUUAGCGAAUGAAGGUUACGACGCAUCCAUAAGGUUAGAGGAAGCUGAAAGUUAAUUGAAAUAAAUUGUACUUCGCUGUACCUGUACACUUCGCUGUAUCUUCGCUGUACCUAUAAUAACCCGGGCCGUACCUGUUAUACCCCAGGCCGUACCUGUUAUACCCCAGGCCGUACCUGUUAUACUCCAGGCCGUACCUGUUAUAGCCCAGGCCGUACCUGUUAUAGCCCAGGCCGUACCUGUUAUACCCCAGGCCGUACCUGUUAUACCCCAGGCCGUACCUGUUAUAGCCCAGGCCGUACCUGUUAUAGCCCAGGCCGUACCUGUUAUAGCCCAGGCCGUACCUGUUAUAGCCCAGGCCGUACCUGUUAUACCCCAGGCCGUACCUGUUAUAGCCCAGGCCGUACCUGUUAUAGCCCAGGCCGUACCUGUACAGCCCAGGCCGUACCUGUUAUACCCCAGGCCGUACCUGUUAUAGCCCAGGCCGUACCUGUUAUACCCCAGGCCGUACCUGUUAUAGCCCAGGCCGUACCUGUUAUACCCCAGGCCGUACCUGUUAUAGCCCAGGCCGUACCUGUUAUAGCCCAGGCCGUACCUGUUAUAGCCCAGGCCGUACCUGUUAUACCCCAGGCCGUACCUGUUAUAGCCCAGGCCGUACCUGUUAUACCCCAGGCCGUACCUGUUAUAGCCCAGGCCGUACCUGUUAUAGCCCAGGCCGUACCUGUUAUAGCCCAUGCCGUACCUGUUAUACCCCAGGCCGUACCUGUUAUAGCCCAGGCCGUACCUGUUAUACCCCAGGCCGUACCUGUUAUAGCCCAGGCCGUACCUGUUAUAGCCCAGGCCUACUCUACGCUAUACGCGCUCAGCCAUGCAUUGAAUGGUCUUUUUUGCCAGCAGUGAUUGAGUGAUAUUAUUAGUCAGAAUUAUGACUAUCCAAUCUACUCAUAGCAUUACGAAUAAUAAGCUAUUUUACAUAAGUCUACAAAUGUAAUAAUGCAUAGAAUGCUUUAAUACGAAGGUGCAUUUUUACGGUGAAAAUCGGCUUCCUCAAAGUUGGAAGUCACCUAUGUAUGUCUGAUAGGCUACACCGGUUAGGAAAUAGGAUUCAUGUCCUAGAGACAGCUGGGAUCCUCUUUAACAUAGUGGCCUAAGAACAUGUUUUCACUAGGCUCUGUAGGCUCAAUGACUGGGCUUAUAAGAACACGUUUUCACUAGGCUCUGUAGGCUCAAUGACUUGGCUUUAAAGAACACGUUUUCACUAGGCUCUGUAGGCUCAAUGACUGGGCUUUAAAGAACACGUUUUCACUAGGCUCUGUGCUCUCUAACCGUGUUCCAGGGGUCCUAGUCUAUAGGCUACGUUUGGUGUUAUUUGGACAUUUUUAGUUAUGAUAUAAACCUUAUUAAAACAUAUAGGGCUAUGAGCUAUGCUAUAUGAUGCGUGCGACUAUGAUUUGGGAAAAAAAGGCAUGCGCUGAUUCUUGCUUUAGACUGUAUACUCUGGGCACCAUUCACAAGUGAUAAUACAUUGUUCACAAGUGACAAUAUUGUCAAACCAAUAGACAUUUUCUGAAGUUAAUCUUGUCUUUUACAUAUACUAAAUAACGUUUGAAUUAUAUGUCAUGUUUUUCCCGCAGUUCAUUUUCAUGCCAGCCGUGUAAGUAGGCUACUCCUGUUGUAAAGCGAAGCAAUCUACUUAAUAUUAGGAACGUUGAUAAAUAAACAAACUGCAUUGGAAAGUAUUCAGACCCCUUCCUUCCUCCACUUCCUGUUACAUUACAGACUUAUUCUAAAAUGGAUUCAAUUGUUUUUUUUUUUUACUCAUCAGUCUACACACAACACCCCAUAAUGACAUCACAAUACCCCAUAAUGACAUCACAAUACCCCAUAAUGACAUCACAAUACCCCAUAAUGACAAAGCAAAAACAGGUUUUACAACAUUUUUCCAAUUUAUUAUUAUUAAAUUGUGUUUACUUGAUAGCUACCUACACAAAUAGCUAGCUAGAACAAAGUGUUCAAAUAAAUUCAUUAAAAAGAUUAAAAGCAAUACAAAUAAGUUAUCCAGAGUUAUUUACAGAACUCCACCAUUCAGGCCUUUAUGGUUGAGUGGCCGAAGGAAUCCACUCCUCAGUAAAAGGCACAUGACAGCCCGCUUGAAGUUUGCCAAAAGGCACCUAAAGGACUCUCAGACCAUUUAGAAACACAAUUAUCUGGUCUGAUGAAACCAAGAUUGAGCUCUUUGGCCUGAAUGCCAAGUGUCACGUCUGGAGCAAACCUGGAAUCAUCCCUACGGUGAAGCAUGGUGGUGGCAGCAUGCUGUGGGGAUGUUUUUCAGCGGCAGGGACUGGGUGAUUAGUCAGGAUCAAGGGACAGAUGAAUGGGGAGCAAAGAACAUUGAGAUACUUGAUAAAAACCUGCUCAGGACCUCAGACUGGGGCGAAGGUUCAACUUCCAACAUGACAACGACCCUAAACACACAGCCAAGACAAUGCAGUAGUGGCUUCGGGACAUGUCUCUGAAUGUCCUUGAGUGGCCCAGCCAGAGGCCGGACUUGAACCCGAUUGAGCAUCUCUGGAGACACCUGAAAAAAGCUGUGCAGCGAUGCUCCCCAUCCCAACCUGACAAAACUUGAGCGCAUCUGCAGAGAAGAAAUGGGAGAAACUCCCCAAAUACAGGUGUGCCAAGCUUGUAGUGUCAAACCCAAGAAGAUGCGAGGCUGUAAUCGCUGCCAAAAGGUGCUUCAACAAAGUACGGAGUAAAGGGUCUGAAUACUUAUGUAAAUGUGAUGUUUUUGUCUUGUCAUUAUGGGGUAUUGUGAUGUCAUUAUGGGGUAUUGUGAUGUCAUUAUGGGGUAUUGUGAUGUCAUUAUGGGGUGUUGUGUGGAGAUUGGUGAGGGGGGAAAAAAACUUGGAAAAUGUCAAGGAGUCUGAAUACUUUACUAAUGCACUAUAUAUGGUAUUUUGUAUUGUAUUGUAUUGUAUUACAUGGUUGGGAUACGACUGAAGUGUUGUUGUCUCGCCUGGCUAUCUUAAGAUGAAUCCACAAGCUGUGGGUAGCUCUUGAUGGGAGUGUCUGCUCAAUCAGGGUUUUAUAAACUUGGUCCUGGGUGGAUCAUUUGUUUUACUACUAAAUUACUUUUGUUUAAUGACACACAGGCUAUGAAAGGACUACAUGUGUUUUAAUACUAGAUGUAUUUAUGUUAGCCAUUGAUGAUUUGUGUAUUUGGAUAACUUCAAUGAACUUAAUUGAUCUGCUAAUAAAAAAUAUGCUUUUUUUUGGUGGGGGGGGGUUUAUCUAUACAGAAAAUACAAUGUUUUUGUUUAAUUCAUGGCAUUCAAAAUAAUGUUUAUUUAUCUAGUCAAAACAUGUCACUAGAUCUCUACACAUCACCAUUGGAAGAGGCCCAUUUAUCUAGUCAAAACAUGUCACUAGAUCUCUACACAUCACCUUUGGAAGAGGCCCAUUUAUCUAGGCACCAGUAUUGUCUACAAUCCAUACAAAUAUAUGUUUAUCAGUAUAAAGGAUUUACAUAAGGUUUCUUAUUAAAUAACAGUUAAAUAAA